GGAUGCUGUUCCAGGAAAAGAAGAAGUUAAUGGAGGGCGUGGAUAGACACCUCCCACUCUGGGCCACAGAGGGUUGUCUUUCAUUUCCUCAUUUCCCUGCAUUUCUCCUCUGUGCUGAUUGUCAGAGGGACACUCGCCUGCCCUGCUCAGUUCCAGGGUGAACGUGUCUCUGCUGCUCUGAGCUCUGCCCGCCACAGGAACCCACGUCUUCCUGAAGCAUCUGCAGGGAUUUGAGUCCAUGGUGAGGACCCCGCAGGGAGGGGUGAUGGACGGGCUGAAGAUGCAGGGGACCCCAUGGAGGAGGCUCUGAGAAGGAAGGACGUGCCCUGGGUCACCUCACUCGCAAGGGGCAUCUUCAGAAAGCUAUGUGUCUAUUUGCUGCUUUAUCAUAAAAGUGCGAGCCAGGCCGAAGAAGAGAGGCUGUUCUCUCACCUGAAGGCUGCCGAUGUGACAACCCGUGACCAGCAUGAGCGACCUACAAAUGACCACAGUCGGUGGUUUGUCUGGCAUCCUUCUGGCUCCGUGGUCCCUUCCAUCUGCACAGCUGACCCCAGAGGGACAGGACGUCAUGACCCCCACACUCGCCGCCCUGCUCUGCCUGGACUUCCAGUUUUAGACCAAGAGAAAAUAGAGGCUCUGUGAAUUUUACUCGUCAUCUGCACACUGAGGACCAUGGAAGGAAGCACCAUGACCGCGACCCUCACUGCCCUUCUCUGCCUCUGGCUGUGUCGGGGCCCAUGGGACCAGGUACAGGCAGAAGUUGUCCCCAAACCCUCCAUCUGGGCUGAACCAGGCCCCAUGGUCACCACGGGGAGCCUUGUGACCAUCUGGUGUCAGGCGUCUCUGCAGGCUACUGCCUAUAGUCUGAAUAAAGAGAGGGGCUCUGAGCCCUGGGAUAUGAACACCCCACAAAACUUCAGCAACAGGACCGGUUUCCUCAUUGAAUCCUCCAGCUCACAGCAUAAAGGGCCCUACGAGUGUGCGUAUUACACCACUGAGCACAAACUCUCAGAGCGGAGUGACCCCCUGCUCCUGGUGGUGACAGGAGUGGACAGAGCACCCUCCCUCUCAGCCCAGCCAAGCCCUGUGGUGGCCUCAGGAGGGAGCGUGUCCCUCGUGUGUAGCUCACAGGACACAUCGGGCACUUUCCAUCUGCUGAAGGAGGGAGGAGCUGACCCGCCCCGACACAUGGAAUCGCAAUCGAGGUCCAGUGCUGGGAGGACCUAUGCCCAGGCCACCUUCCCUGUGGGCCCCGUGAACACCUCCCAUGGGGGGACCUACAGAUGCUAUGGUUCCCUCAGAUCCUACCCCAAUCGGUGGUCACACCCCAGUGACCCUCUGCGUCUCCAGGUCACAGAAGUUGUCCCCAAACCCUCCAUCUGGGCAGAGCCAGGCCCCUUGGUCACCACGGGGAGCCCUGUGACCCUCUGGUGUCAAGGGUCUCUGCAGGCUGCUGCCUAUGGUCUGUAUAAAGACAACGGCUCUGCGCUCUGGGAUAUAAAGCACCCACAGAACUCCAGCAAAAAAAUGAGUUUCCCCUUCCAAUCCAUGAGCUCACACCACGCAGGGAUAUACAAGUGUGCGUACUACACUACUGAGAACAGGUGGACAGAGAAGAGUGACCCCCUGCUCCUGAUGGUGACAGGAAUGUACAGGAAACCCUCCCUCUCCAUCCUGCCGGGCCCCUCAGUGCCCUGGGGAGCGAAAGUGACCCUGCAGUGUGGAUCUGAGACCUGGUUUGACACCUUCCACCUGCACAGGGAGGGGUCUCUGGAUCCCCCCCAACACCUUCCUGUGCAGAACAUGACGGCAGCCUUUCAGGCCAACUUCACCAUCAGUCCUGUGACCUCAGCCCACAGGGGCACCUACAGGUGCUUUGGAUCACACAGUGCCUCCCCCUACCUGCUGUCACACCCCAGUGACUCCCUGGAGCUCCUGGUCUCAGACUACACAGUGGAGAAUCUCAUCCGGAUGGGCGUGGCUGGAUUGGUCCUGGUGGUCCUGGGGGUGCUGCUAUUUCAGGCUCGGAACAGCCCGGGAAGGAUCCAUGAUGCAGCCAUGACUUAAACGCAAGAGGGAACAAUGCACCGUUCAGAGUGGGGAGCCUUGCAGCACAUCUGAUGAUCCCAGAAUGUGGUGAAUGAGCAUCUGGACCACAGCUGGGAAACUCUCUGCUGGGAAUGUCCAGGGGAGGAGAGGUGCAGAGGAGGUUUGGGUGCAGGACAGCAGGUGCCCUGUUCCUGUGGAGGACGCCUCCCCCAUCAGACUGUGGUGCUCCCCCUCCCUGUCAUCGCUGACUCUCCUCCACUGCCCUCUGUUCUCCCCUAUGAUGUGAGGGUCCAUCCCACAUGGCUGGUUUGGAUUCACAUCUAUGCACCCUUCAUGCUGGAUCACAGUCAUACACACACAGUGUGGUGCCAUCAUAACACUGGGUUUGUUUAAGAAACAUAAAGAACAAACUCCUUUUUUUUACUUUAUUGGCUUUAGAGAGAGGAAGGGAGGGAGAGAGAGAGAGAAAUAUCAAUGAGAGAGAACAUCGAUUGGCUGCCUUCUGG